AUGGUGGAUGAAAAGCGCAUAAAGGCGAAGGAGAUGAAACGAAAGAACGUCAUCGAGGCGCUGAAACGACUGAACCAAUUUCUCAGCACCUAUGAUCCCGACCAGCACCAGCAUGAAGUGUCCCAUCGUCUGGAGCGCCUGGAGAAAGUGUGGAACGCGUUCGAAAUCAUCCAAGAGGAGUACGAGGAGCUGGAUGACACUGAUGAGUUCGUCCAGAAGAAUUUGGAGCUGCGUGGCCAAGUAGAAGAAAUGUACCUGCGUGUGAAGGCUGGAUUAUCGUCUAAAAUGCCAGUACCGGAUGUUCCCGCUGCUGUUGUUGUUCCCGCUGCUGUUGUUGUCCCCGCUGAGCCGGCCGCCCUAUCCACUCUCGUCAACGUCAAGCUGCCUACGAUAUCGCUGCCGGAGUUUGAUGGAGAUUUCAGCAACUGGCUGACCUUCCACGACACGUUAGUGUCGAUGAUCCACUCGUCCACGGAGAUAUCCCAUGUCCAGAAGUUUCACUACCUUCGAGCGGCCUUGAAAGCUAUCAUCCGCAAGAAGCACAUACGAGCGCUGUUGAAGUACCCCAAGAUCCCGAACCACAACGUAGAUGCCCUGCACAAGAUCGUUGAUGAAUUUCAACGCCAUACGAAGGUUCUCGAACAGCUAGGUGAACCAGUGGACCGGUUUAGCUCCAUCCUCAUCGAACUGCUGGAGGACAAACUGGAUGAUGCUUCUCUCACCGCGUGGGAGGAAUCCGUUGCAACAGAGGCUCAACCCACGUAUGACAACAUGGUCGUGUUCCUGCAGAGACGAGCUCGUAUAUUGGAGACUAUCUCUAUUAAUCGCCCACAGCAUUUGUCUUCGAAAUCGCCUAGCCAGUCAUUCACCCAGAAGAAGCAGAGCCCGCAUCGUUUGACUUCGAACGCCGCCGUUGAAGUUCCAUCCAAAUCGUUUCCCACCUGUCCUGCGUGCGAGAAGCAAAAACAUUCGAUUUUCGACUGUGCUGUGUUCAACGGCAUGGACACGAAAGGCAGGCUGAAGGUGGUAACGGACAAAAGGCUGUGCAGCAAUUGUUUCCGUAGUGACCACUUCGCCCGUAACUGUAGGUCGAAAUUCAACUGCAAGCACUGCUCGAAGCGACAUCAUUCCAUGAUCCACCCUGGACCGUUUGAGUUGGAAAAACUAGUUCCCGAAGCAUGCGCAGAAAAUUGCUCGGUCAGCUUGCCCCCCGUAACAACAGCUGUCACAGCCAUCCCGACCCCGACGCACGAGAUUGUAUCAACGGUUAAAUCGUCCAACGCCAGCGUAAUGUUAACCACGGUAGUCCUGAUAGUAGUCGACGUCUACGGUCAGGAACAUAUCGCCCGCGCCCUGCUGGAUACUGGAUCCCAGCCCAAUGCUAUAACUUCAAAGCACAAAAGCAACCACAGCAACAACAGUUCGCCGGAAAGGUCCGUUCGGCACAACAAAACCGUCCCACAGCAGCAACAAUACAACAGCAAUAGCACCCUUAACAACAGCAACAACAACUUCCGCUAA